CAACGUUUUCCUAAUGAACCGCUCUACAGAGAAUUUUAUAGCCAUCAAAAGUUGGACCCGAAGGUGCAAAUAGACAGUUUGCUGGAUUAUCUGAAAAUCCGGCGACAUCACUACCAUCAUCGACUAGCAGCACAGCACGAUUCUUCCCAUAUUUCUACAAGCCAAGAUGCCGAAGCAUUUUCAGAAUUACGGCGACGAUGAUUCGGAGAAUUUUCAACCUCCAAAGCUUCCCGAGAAUUUCGAUUCGUUAAUGGGAAGUGAGAAAGAUAGGCAGGCAGAACUGUACCGGCGACGGCAGCUCCACUAUUUCUAUCUGGCAUUUACCAAUCGCAACAACAAGCCCCAUUUCCAGUCCAUGGGCACGUAUGAUCUUAUUGUAAGGAAUCGGCUCUAUGGCACUGCUAGCAAGCCAUGGGAAGGCGAUAAUACUUCGCUCAAGGCGGAAAUAAUACAUGCGUCGACCCGCUGGCCCGGCAUUGCCACUUCAGCGAUGAAACGGGCGGACUUUCCUGCAAAAUACUCCGAAGCAGAAGUCGUAGAAUGCCUCGAUAUCGAUAUAAAGCAGAAGAAGGUGGAUGAACAAAUGUAGCAACUGCGCGAUUUCUUCAGCGUUAA